AUGGGAAAGCACAGAGAUCGAGGUAUGCACGAGAGGAAAAAGGCUCAUAUUGAGUUUGGAAACGAAGACACUUCCAAAUGUCAACAAGAAAUUGUUGUCGAUCCAAACACAACUCCAUUGAAUGAUUCUACUCAUGAAUGCACUAAUCAAUACGAUUUGCCAUUUCAUGAAGAUCCAUUUCCAUACAUAUCAGAAAUGCCUCCAGAAAUAGAAAAGAAAACAAGCAUUAUGAAGCAGUUCGUCUCAGGUAUCGAAAGGCUGUUUUCAGUAAUUAGGUCCGCAUUUAGAAGCACAUUCACAUGGAUCUCAAAUCAAAUUACUUCAUCUAUUGGCGAACAAGUUUAG